AUGCAAGUAAUCUCCUCUUCCUUCGCAUUUGAACAUAAUCUCUGCGAGACAAUGCCUUGUCUCGAGAGAUGCACAAACCAAAAAGAACUGAAGCAAAUCCACGCUCGUAUGCUUAAAUCUGGCUUGAUGCAAGAUUCAUAUGCAAUGAAAAAGUUCCUUUCUUUCUGCAUUUCUUCCUCGACUUCUUCUUAUGCCCAGAAUGUUUUUGACGCUUUUGAUCGACCAGAUACUUUCUUGUGGAACCUAAUGAUCAGAGGAUUCUCGUCUUCACACGAACCCGAGAGGUCUAUACUCCUCUAUCACCGUAUGCUCUGCUGUUCCGCUCCUCAUAACGAAUACACAUUUCCAUUUCUUCUCAAAGCUUGUUCGAAUCUAUCUGCAUUUGAAGAAACGAAGCAAAUUCACGCACAGAUCACGAAAUUUGGAUAUGGAAACGAUGUAUACGCAGUGAAUUCUCUGAUCAAUUCAUAUGCUGUGACCGGGAACUUCAAGCUAGCUCACCUUCUCUUUGAACGAAUCCCCAAACCCGAUGCUGUCUCGUGGAACUCUGUGAUUAAAGGUUAUACCAAAGCUGGAAAAAUGGAUAUUGCCUUAACAUUAUUCAGGAAAAUGCCGGAAAAGAAGAACGCUGUGUCGUGGACUACUAUGAUCUCUGGGUAUGUUCAAGCAGGAAUGAACAAGGAAGCUUUGCAAUUAUUUCAUGAAAUGCAGAAUUCUGAUGUUGAGCCUGAUAAUGUUUCACUAGCUAAUGCUCUCUCAGCUUGUGCUCAGCUCGGGGCACUCGAGCAAGGGAAAUGGAUUCAUUCCUAUGUCAAUAAAAGAAGAAUCAGAAUUGAUUCUGUUUUGUGUUGUGUUCUUAUAGAUAUGUAUGCAAAGUGCGGCGAAAUGGAAGAAGCUUUGGGAGUUUUCAAGAAUAUGAAGAAAAAAUCAGUGCAAGUAUGGACAGCUUUGAUUUCCGGUUAUGCGUACCAUGGCCUUGGAAGAGAAGCGAUUGGCAAAUUCAUGGAGAUGCAAAAGAUGGGAGUAAAGCCAAAUGUGAUCACUUUCACCGCAGCUCUCACUGCUUGCAGCUACGCAGGAUUAGUUGAAGAAGGUAAGUCACUAUUCUACAGCAUGGAGAGAGACUAUAAUCUGAAGCCAACGAUUGAGCAUUAUGGCUGCAUGGUUGAUUUACUCGGUCGAGCUGGAUUGCUUGAUGAAGCAAAAUGUAUCAUUCAGAAGAUGCCUUUGAAGCCAAACACUGUCAUAUGGGGUGCUUUGCUCAAAGCCUGUCAGAUUCACAAAAACAUCGAAUUAGGAGAGGAAAUUGGAGAAAUAUUAAUUAAAAUGGAUCCAAAUCAUGGUGGGCGAUAUGUUCACAAAGCAAAAAUUCAUGCUAUGGGAAAAAAGUGGGACAAAGCUGCUGAAACAAGAAGAUUGAUGAAAGAAAAAGGAGUUGCCAAAGUUCCAGGUUGUAGUACAAUUAGCUUGGAAGGGACCACACAUGAGUUUUUAGCAGGAGACAGAUCACAUGUGGAGAUUGAGAGGAUUCAAUAUAAAUGGAGAACCGUGAGAAAGAAACUUGAGGAACACGGGUACGUACCAGAGUUGGAAGAUAUGCUGCUUCUAGUUGACGAUGAGGAAAGAGAGGCUAUUGUGCAUCAGCACAGUGAGAAAUUGGCGAUUACAUACGGGUUAAUCAAGACUAAACCGGGAACCACUCUACGUAUAAUGAAGAAUCUUCGAGUAUGCAAAGACUGUCACAGAGUAACGAAACUCAUCUCUAAGAUAUACAAGAGAGAUAUCAUAAUGAGAGAUAGGACAAGGUUCCAUCAUUUUAGAGAUGGGAAAUGCAGUUGUGGGGACUACUGGUGA